UGUUAUAACAUCGAAUAAUAAGAAACCCUGAUGCUUAUAACUUAUUGUACAGUCACUUUUACAUUGUGUGUAAUAUUAUAUAACCCUGUUAGUUUGUUAAUUUUCUAGCUUUGUGUGAAUACAAGUCAAUUGUUAAUAUUAGUUUUAAGAGUUCAAAAAGUGUGUCACCUCAUCUAGCAGAAGGAGAAGCAACAUGGAUGGGGUCUCUUUGCAAGGAGAAGUAUUCAAGAAGGAGAAAUGAUCAUCGAGUACCGUGGGGUGAAAGUUAGGAGAAGUGUUGCAGAUCUGAGAGAGGCAAACUAUCGUGCUCAAGGCAAAGAUUGUUAUCUGUUCAAGAUAAGCGAAGAGAUAGUGAUUGAUGCCACAAACUCUGGAAACAUAGCCCGAUUGAUCAACCAUUCGUGUAUGCCGAAUUGCUAUGCACGUAUUGUGAGUAUAGGCGAUGGAGAAGAGAACAGAAUCGUCCUCAUUGCAAAGACUAAUGUUUCACCAGGCGAAGAGCUUACGUAUGAUUAUCUCUUUGAGGUUGAUGAAUCUGAAGAAAUCAAAGUGCCUUGCCUUUGCAGAGCUCCUAACUGCCGCAAAUUCAUGAACUGAAGUGCGAAAUCAUUCUUGCAACGAUUGUAGCUGCGGCUGCUUCAUGCUGACUUCUUUACAGUUGAUACUUGAUUCAUUGGUUAGGCCGCCGUUCAAUUGUAUGUCCGCCGGUUACCUUUCCCGGUCUAGCAAUUUUGUAAAUGUUUAGGAUUUAAACAACCCCAUAGGCCACACACAUGAAGACUUUACACAUUUGAUUUUUAAUCUACAGGUCAUCAAAAGUGUUGAUAUCUUUUCAUGUUUUACAUAAAUAUUGUUUCUUAAUUUCUAUAAAUCAAAGUCGAAUUUUUACUAGA